GCACAUCCCUCCCCUCCUGCCUAGAGCAUGGGUAUCCAUCUGCUGGAAUGUGGCGGCAUGCCCAUCUAAUGCCAGCUCUUUCCCCCACAGAGUCCUGGCCCGUGGUCGUGCAGUCCCGGGGGCUGGAUGGCAUGCUGGACCCAAGCUCAGCUCAGUGUCUGGGCCUAAUAAAGGCUUUUCCACAGGAGCAGCUUUCUGUCCUGGCCACACGGAGGUGCAUAGCGUAAUGUCCAUGUUGUUCUACACUCUGAUUACAGCGUUUUUGAUCGGCAUACAGGCAGAACCACAGGCAGAGAGCAAUGUCCCAGCAGGACACGCCAUCCCCCAAGCCCACUGGACUAAACUUCAACAUUCCCUUGAUACAGCCCUCCGCAGAGCCCACAGCACCCCAGCUGGGGUGAUAGCUGCAAGGGUGGCCGGGCAGACCUGCAACAUCAGCGUGGACCCCAAACUCUUUAAAAAGCGGCGGCUACGUUCACCCCGAGUGCUGUUUAGCACCCAGCCCCCACCUGUCACCAUAGAGGCUCAGGACCUGGACUUUGAGGCUGGUGGUGCUGCCCCUUUCAACAGGACUCACAGGAGCAAACGAUCCGAAUCAUCCCACCCCAUUUUCCACAGGGGGGAGUUCUCCGUGUGUGACAGUGUCAGCAUGUGGGUUGGCGAUAAGACCACCGCCACGGACAUCAAAGGCAAGGAGGUGAUGGUAUUGAAAGAAGUCAUCAUUAACAAUGUUGUGUACAAACAGUACUUUUUUGAGACCAAGUGCCAGAACCCCAAUCCUGUAGACAAUGGGUGCAGGGGCAUUGACUCGAAGCACUGGAACUCCUAUUGUGCCCCAAAUUACUCCUUCACCAGGGCGCUGACCUUGGAUGACAGGCAGACGGCCUGGCGGUUUAUCCGGAUCAAUACGGCCUGUGUGUGUGUGAUCAGCAGGAAGACUGGGAGAAAAGCCUGACCUGCACUACCCACCCCCUCCCCUGAUGCCCCCCCCCACUCUCCUGGGCCCCUCCCUACCUCAACCUGUAAAUUAUUUUAAAUUAUAAAGACUGCAUGGUAAUUUAUAGUUUAUACAGUUUUAAAAAAAUCAUUAUUUAUUAAAUUUUUGGAAGCAUCCUGCACUCCAGUCAUUUUUCUCAAUAGGAUCUUCAGUAGGUCUUGGGAAUCGGCAAGGUGAGUUGUCCACAGCGAGAUCCCCUCACUCAGCUUAGAGUCCCUCUAAGGCUCACUUGGAACCCUUACCCUACCCCCACUGCAACUUCAGGGAAGGCAAACUGGUUUCAG